GGGAGAUUUAUUGGAAAAAGUGUCUAAGUGGAUACAAAAUAUUAAAAAGGCAACAAAAGAUAGGUUCACCUUUCUAGGUUUUGUUUUUGCAAUGCAAAUAUGGGCAUUUGAAAGCUUCUCAACUCUUAGUAGAUGAAUGUGGCCAAGACUGCUAAAGUGGUCAAUACAAAAAAGACAAAUAAUGCUACACUAGCAGAUGCCAUAUUUCAGAACGAAGAGAGUUUGAAUAUCACCCAAUGCAACCAACUGAGAAAAAGGCUUUGCUAUUCAUGGACCCGAAAAGUCAAAUUCAGAGAAUCAAGAUGAUUGUGAAGUUCAUGGGAAAGACAAUGAGCAAAAUACCAUGUGAUGGUGAACACACUGAUUGCAACCAUAAAGAAGAUGUGGGUAUGAAGGAACUAAAUGGUGAGAGUGCAACAAUAAGUGGACUUCACAGAUUUUAACAUUUGGGGAAGACAAGAAAUGGUGUUGGGAACCAAAUGAGGGACAAGGUGAUUAUGCUAAUAUAAUGGCUGCAGUUGUGCUCCGAUCCAAGAAGACCCAAAAGCUUGAGGGUAGAAUAAAAGCGUUGAAAGAUGGAAUACAAAGACUUCUUAAUGGUCAAAAGGAGCAAACAAAUAUGCUAAAAGCAUUAAUGCUUACAAAAACCACAUCAAAUGGAGAAGCUGAAAACAAUAAAAAAGAAAUGGGCAUGGAUAACGAUGAAACGUACGAAAGAAGGGUAGAAAAAUACGCUUUGGUACCAGACAUGCCUAGUUUUUAUCUACAUCUCGAUCAAACACAGAAGGGGAGAAAAUAUAGUGCAAAAGGGACAAGCUCUAGACAGUGAGGACCAUGAAGAUAAAGGUCGGGGACACCUUACCUGAUUAUUAAUAAAAAGAAGCAAUACAUGAA